GAGACGAAAAAAGGGUUUCUUCAAAUAUUUGCGGAGAAGGUGACUGCGUGUGUGACAAGGCGAAGAGGAAGAGGCGGUUGUUGGUUGCGACCCUAACACCCNAAAAAAAAAAAAACUUGGAGAGGAGGGAUUUCAAUUUCUCUCUCUUGGAACCCCCCAUUUAUCUUCAUCCUCUUUUUAUGAAGGACGGGGAAGAGUCUACAGAAAUGGAAUCGAUACUGUAAAAUGGGACUUUCUGUCCUUUCUAUCAACUUACCGACUCCUCCCCGAUCCUCUGCUUCGCUUCUUGCCUCUUGCGUUUAGGGUUUUUUUGUCGCCAUCUUCUUAUUGUUUUCAGAAUCAUGCCAACAUUCACUACAAUUGCGUUGGACAGGUUGUUAGAACCUGGGACUUCCAAAUCUGUCGAUAAGUCCCUUCCUAAACCUAAGCCUGCUCUAACCCUUAACCGUGCUCCAAGCACUAAGUUGGAGAGGAGAAAUAGCGCAUCAGUGGCUGACAGGAAAGUUCAGCGGCCUCAAAUAAAGCCAGCACUAUAUACCACCCCAGAGGCAACUCCUCUUCCGGAUUCACCAUCUUCUUUUCCUCCUUCCCCUUAUAUUGUCAAUCACAAGCGGCGUGGGCCUCGUCUUUUGAAGAGUUUCUCUGAGGACGAUGUCUCUCGAAAAAAGAUGAAUGAUAAUGAUGUAGGAAAUGGGAGUGUGAAGGGUUCGGAUAGCAAUGAUGUAAAAUCGACUGAGGGUUCUUCUGUUACUGUUGACAUGCCUAUUCCAGAAAAAGAUGGAGACAGAAAUGGUCCAGAUUGUGCUAGUAGUAGUAAUGUUCGUCAAAAUGGGAGUGUUGAUGGUGAUCAUGGCGCUACAGCUGUUCAACUUGUGAACAAUCACAGUAAUCAUGAAAGCCGUAUAGUGGUGAGUAAUGGUGUUGCUCGGGAAAAAAAUUCAUUGAAGGUGGUUGUGUCAAAUUCAGAAAGUAUUGGAGAUACUGAAGAUUUCUUUGACCCACAUGAUUCUUUGAGUGUUACGAGUAACACGGAUGGAGAGGAUAAUGGUUUUGAACGUUCAGCUAAGUUUGGUACUCCUAUGGGUGAAUUUUAUGAUGCUUGGGAAGAGCUUUCCUCUGAGGGCUUGCCACAACCAUCCAUUUCUGAUAUUGAAGCUGAAUUACGUGAAAUGAAACUAACACUAUUGAUGGAACUAGAGAAACGAAAGCAGGCUGAGGAAGCACUGAAUAAAUUGCAGGGCCAGUGGUGGAGGCUUAGAGAACAAUUAUUGCUUGUAGGAUUGACCCUUCCUUCAGAUCCCCCAGUAGCCACAGAAGGGAAUCAGUUAGAUUCUGACCCUGCUGAAGAAUUGUGCCAACAAGUUUAUCUUGCAAGGUUCGUGUCAGAUUCUAUUGGAAGGGGUAUAGCGAGGGCAGAGGUGGAGACUGAGAUGGAGGCGCAGCUUGAAGUCAAGAAUUUUGAGAUCGCUCGAUUGCUGGACCGGCUUCAUUACUAUGAGGCAGUGAAUCAUGAAAUGUCUCAGAGGAAUCAAGAAGCUGUAGAUUUGGCACGGCGCGAGAGGUUGAGAAGGAAAAGAAGGCAAAGAUGGAUCUGGGGCUCGGUUGCUACUGCAAUCACACUCGGCACUGCAGUCUUAGCUUGGUCAUAUCUUCCCUCGGGAAAAGAUUUGCCAUCCAGCAACAAUACGAAGGCCGAGCAUGAUGAUGUAACAGAUUAGCUGCUGACACAAGACUUAGCUUAUGUACCGUGUUAUAGAAAGGAAAAAUAAAAGGAGGCAUACAUCCAAUCAUACAUGUGGUAUAAUGUUGAUAUCAAAUGUUGCUUUUGUCAGAAGUAUUCUCAUGCCUAAGGUAUAGUCCUUAUAAAUCGUCGGCCCUAUAAUUAAAGGUGAAAGGGGUUGAUGCUUGAUUUUUUUCUUCUUUUUCAGAUCUAACAGGGUUAUAACACCUGAAAUUUUGGCAAUUCAUGCAAUGAUAUACAGUCUGUUUACCGCUAACUGUAGUUGAAAUAUUUCUUUGAGCAUCAAAUAAUUGUUUGAAGAGAGGACUUGGGAACUCUUUGAUGAA